AUGGUGGAGAAUGAUGGGUUCAUCCCCCUGCAACCUCAGCGAACGAAGUUCAAGUUCAAGGAGGGCGUUCAUCAAUUGGGCACGUCUCGAUCUGAAGCUGGUGCCAGUGUCUCCAUGGGAUGGAACCAGGCCAUUCUCGCCCAAGCACAAGGUUGGGGCGAGGUGACUCUCGGACUACGGCCGCACCACAGAAGGCCGCACCUGCAGGAACGACAGCCACCCAAGCAGGAGCUGCUGCCCGGUGAUGGACUCACUGCAACCCAGCGAGCGAAGUUUCGUCUCCAUGCCGCAGUUGCCCCUAAACCAGAGGAGGUCUCCGCAAAGGUUGCACCGAGGCUAUCCGUGGAGAUGCCCUUGCAGUUGAUGCCUUCCAGCACUUCCACACAGGGUAGACUGCACAAAAUCACAGCGGAUCCAUUGCGCAGAGUAGAGGAGUUUUGGAUCUCAUUACACAAUGACUUGAAGGAAGUGUGGUGCAAAGCUACGAACUACCCGAUACAAAUUGCCAAGACGGCCGUGUUUGCCGGAGAAGUCGGGCGCUGGCAUGCCAGAGAUGGCAAGCCACAUGGGCUUGGUGCGCUGCUGCUUCAAGACAUGCAACACUUGGGUUCUUUUCGUGGUGGCCGUGCAGACGGUGAAGGUAUGUGUUUCAGCAGCAACGGUUCUUUGUGGCAGGGCCGCUGGGUGAUGAACCUGCGCGUGGGCGAGUUCGUUUGCUUGGAUUCGCAGGGGAAGAUUUGGCUGGAAGAGUACGACAACAAAGGGAAGCGCCUUGCUCGCGAACUCCACGGUGCCGCAGACUGCAACGGUGCUGCCCUUCAGGCUGCGCGAUGCGGGCAGUGUGGCUGGCUCCAUCACCCGCAGUUCAAUCACGAAUUUGCCUGUCAGAGUGCUGCUACCCUUGGUGUGGGUCACAGUGAAUGUUUUGAGAGGCAGAUUUCUGCCAACAGUAAUCACAAGUUUGCUGCUCAUUCCACGCAUUGA